AUGUCACUGUCAUCGCCUCAGAAAAAUGCUAAUACGUUGUCAUCGUCUUCACGUGUUAUUGAUUCAUUACAAUCUACAAUUGACAAACUAACUGAUGAAAUAACAACGUUAAAACAGUCAAACCAAGAAACUACCAAAAAGAACCAAAUUCUAAGUCAAAGAAACGAAUCUUUUGUUGAUCAAGUGGCGAAUUUGAAACACGAAAAUGAAAUGUUGAAUGCCAUGUUGAAACGUAAAGAUCGUCGAAUCACUGAUUUAGAAGAUCAACAUAACGAAUUGUCGAGCUCAAUUGAGUCCAUCAAUUUCCUGAAUAAACAAAUGAAGAUGAGAUGUGAAAAUUUAACGACAAAUAAUGAUAAAACUAUGGCCGAAUAUGAAAGUUUGAAAAUAUCGUAUGAUGCUUUAGUUACCAGUUGUAAUGAAUACAAACAACAUUAUAAAAAGGAAAUAGACACCAUAAGUGCAAGUUUUGAACAAUACAAGUCUACUAAUUUGGCCAAAUGGGAAGAAUUGCAAAAACUGAUUUCCAGUAAUGAUAAAGAUAUUGAUACGUUAUUGGAUUCAUUGGGCAAUAAAAAGAAGUCAAUGGAUAAUAUUUAUGUUCAUAAAAAUACCAAGAUUUUACAAAUCUUGAACACAUUGGCUAAUUUAAUUAAAACUCAUGGACAAGAAAGUAAACAAGUGCUUGGUGAUUGUUCAGAAACAAUUGAUUAUUUGUUAAACAAGUAUCCUGAUUUGAGUGAAAAGUUGAUCAAACAUGAACACGUUGAGAUGAUUGAUAUAAAUUCUAUUCUCAAUGAAUCUAGAGAAACUUUAAAUAAUACAUCUUUUGAUGAUGAGGAAGUUACAUUGAUCCAAUCACCUGAUUUGGAGAAUAAUGGAAACGCCACCUCCGUCAAUACCUUGACUAAAUCAGCAUCUGUAAGAAGGAAGAACAAGAGAGCUUCCUCAAACAACUCAUCAGCUGCUUCAUCACCAAACUUGCCUCAAUCUGCCCAAUACCAUCACCAUCAUAAUCCGCAUCAUCAUCAUAAUCAGCACAAUACCCCUUCUUCAAACCAACGAAAUGAUAUCCAUUCCCAACAACCCACCUCAGCACCACAUCAACCAUAUCAACACCCACACUCGCAUGCACGUUCGCAAUCGCAGCUGGAACUGAGAAAACCAGCUGUCAAUAAUAAUCUCAUAAACAUCAACAAACCGAGAAACAAAAAUAAUGGAGCCAAAAAUGACAACUCUAACUCAAAUGGUAAUAAUAACAAUUCCAACAGCAAUGACAAAAGUUCUAGGAGAAGGUCAGGGUAUUAUGGCAACAUGAAUAAAGUUAGUAAUGGGAAUAGUAACAAACACAAACGAAACUCGCAAAUUAUAGAUCAAACGGUAUAG